CCUAGAGUCAAAAACAAGCAGGUGUCCCACCGUGCCAGAUACGCCGCCUAAACUGCUUCCAGCUUUUUUUUUCCCCUUCUGCAACAAGUCUGUGAUCAGCCACGGGACAGAGGAGCCAGCAGCCUGCCUGUGACAGGCAUCAGGUUAGCUCGCUCCCACUCGGGUGGCGCGCCCAGGAUAUAAAUCCAGCCUCGGGCCCCUGCUGCGGCUCCUCUCUCUGCACACUCAGGAGAGAGAGUUUCCUUGCAAAGACCUUUCCUUUAUCUGAGGCCGCACAGCCCAGCGGGCCCCGCUGACUUGGUGGAGGCAGCCGCGGCAGCCGCAGCCUUAGCAGCAGCGAGGAAGCCUGCGGGGUGGGGAGGGCAGGUGUCUGCAGCCCUGAGAAGGAGCAGGCCCUGGUGGGCCCCAGCCCCUGGCGUUGUCCCAGGGGAGGUCUCUGGCUGCCGCAGACCGCACCAUGUGGGCCCUGGGGUGCCGCCGGUUCUGGUCCCACUGGGGGCAGGUGGCAGCGCUGCUGCUGCUGCUCGGGGUGCCCCCACGAGGCCUGGCCCUGCCGCCCAUCCGCUAUUCCCACGCUGGCAUCUGCCCCAACGACAUGAACCCCAACCUCUGGGUGGAUGCUCAGAGCACCUGCAAGCGGGAGUGUGAGACGGACCAGGAGUGUGAGACCUAUGAGAAGUGCUGCCCCAACGUGUGUGGGACCAAGAGCUGUGUGGCUGCCCGUUACAUGGACGUGAAAGGGAGGAAGGGCCCGGUGGGCAUGCCCAAGGAGGCCACGUGUGACCACUUCAUGUGUCUGCAGCAGGGCUCUGAGUGUGACAUCUGGGAUGGCCAGCCGGUGUGUAAGUGCAAAGAUCGCUGUGAGAAGGAGCCCAGUUUUACCUGUGCCUCGGACGGCCUCACCUACUAUAACCGCUGCUACAUGGACGCCGAGGCCUGCUCCAAGGGCAUCACACUGGCCGUGGUCACCUGCCGCUAUCACUUCACCUGGCCCAACACUAGCCCCCCGCCGCCUGAGACCACCGUGCGCCCCACCACGGCCUCCCCGGAGACCCCUGGGCUGGACAUGGUGUCCCCGGCUCUGCUCAACCACCCUGUGCACCAGUCGGUUAGCAUGGGCGAGACGGUGAGCUUCCUCUGCGAUGUGGUGGGCCGGCCCCGGCCCGAGAUCACCUGGGAGAAACAGCUGGAGGAUCGAGAGAACGUGGUCAUGCGGCCCAACCAUGUGCGCGGCAACGUGGUGGUCACCAACAUUGCCCAGCUGGUCAUCUAUAACGCCCAGCCCCAGGACGCUGGCAUCUACACCUGCACGGCCCGGAACGCCGCCGGGGUCCUGCGCGCUGACUUCCCGCUGUCUGUGGUCAGGGGGGGCCCGGCCGCCGUGGAGAACAGCCCCAACUCCACGUCCUUCCCCACGGCCGAGUGCCUGCAGCCCCCUGACAGCGAGGACUGCGGUGAGGAGCAGACCCGCUGGCAUUUCGAUGCCCAGGCCAACAACUGCCUCACCUUCACCUUUGGCCACUGCCACCGCAACCGCAACCACUUUGAGACCUACGAGGCCUGCAUGCUGGCCUGCAUGAGCGGGCCCCUGGCCGUGUGCAGCCUGCCCGCCCUGCAGGGGCCCUGCAAGGCCUACGCGCCCCGCUGGGCCUACAACAGCCAGACAGGCCAGUGCCAGUCCUUCGUCUACGGCGGCUGCGAGGGCAACGGCAACAACUUCGAGAGCCGCGAGGCCUGCGAGGAGUCCUGCCCCUUCCCUCGCGGCGACCAGCGCUGCCGGGCCUGCAAGCCGAGGCAGAAGCUUGUGACCAGCUUCUGUCGGAGCGACUUUGUCAUCUUGGGCCGAGUCUCCGAGGUGACCGAGGAGCCGGACUCGGGUCGCGCCCUGGUGACCGUGGACGAGGUUCUAAAGGAUGAGAAGAUGGGCCUCAAGUUCCUGGGCCGGGAGCCGCUGGAGGUCACUCUGCUGCAAGUGGACUGGACCUGCCCCUGCCCCAAUGUGACGGUGGGCGAGACCCCGCUGAUCAUCAUGGGUGAGGUGGACGGCGGCAUGGCCAUGCUGCGGCCCGAAAGCUUCGUGGGGGCAUCGAGCACCCGGCGGGUUAGGAAGCUGCGUGAGGUCAUGCACAAGAAGACCUGCGACGUCCUCAAGGAGUUCCCGGGCUUGCAGUGAAGCCCCCCACCCCUCCCUGACCCCUCCCUGGCCCUCUUCCACCUCCCCACCCCUGACACCCCUCAGUCAGCAAACUGGGCAAGGUCAGAUUAGACAGUCUUAGGCCAGCAGGGAAAUAUCACUCGAUGCACCAGAAAAAAGCCACCAGAGGGUCUUAGACCAACUUUGAUUCUUUGGGUUCAAUAAGGGGUCCAUAUCUUUUUUAGCUGAGGGGGACAAAAGGAGAAGUCAGUAGACACCUGCAAGUUAUUCGUGAUGACCAGUCUGCUCGGGCAUUACUAUCCUCUCUUUGCUGGCCACCCUCUUCCUCUGGCUCUCCCAGCCAGGGCUCUAGAGCUGACGGCUGCGUGGUGGUCACAGGAAUAGCUGAGUGAGUUGGUUUGCAAAAGGAACAGGUGGAGAGAGAAAGGAGGGCCGGGGACUCAUCAGAUAAAUUCCCCACAGCCCCCUAGAGAUCGCUUCAUGUUAGGGGUCCUGGGAAGCGGGAAGCAGGAGGCAUGGGCAGACCCAGCGCACGACUUGCCCUGAGUGGAGGCCGCCGGGCAGGUGCCUGUGGGUGGCAGUCAGCCUACACUUUGGUCCAGUUGGCCCGACAGUCUCUGAGGCCAUCAUGGCACCAGCAAAAACAUGUUUCUCAUGUUUCUUCUCCUUGGCUUUAUUGAUUGUUUUAUUGAUUGUUGAUUUAUUGAUUCAGUUCUGCAUAGUCCAACUCAACGGACAUCUUCUGAACACUUACUUGGUGCCAGGUGCUAGGACCACAGAGAGAUGCUAGUCACUGCCCAGCUCAUAGUGACUGAACACAAAUUUCCAGAUCCUGGGCUUCUCCCAGAAGCAGACCCACCGCUGGCCCUCCCAAUUGUCAAAUGGUCCCAUUUGAUGGACAGUGUGCUUUCAUCUGCCGAGGGCUUCCUUGGACAUAAAGCAGAUAGAAGCCCCAGGAUCUGUUUUGGUAGGAAGAGAAAUAAAGGGAGAGAAAAGGCAGGCAUGGAAGGCGGGUGGUGAAGGAAUAAGGAGGGAGGGAGAGGGGAGGCAGGCUUGGGAAGGAAAGGAAUGUUGCUCGAUGCUCCCAUCUGGUGGUGGCCUUGGGAGCCGCAGGGACUGGGAAGGAGGCUCUAGGUGAGGCCUGGGAGGGCAGGUGUGGGGAUGUGGCAGCUUGUUGGUGAUUUUUGUUUCUGGACUUCCUGUGCAGGUCCAGCCACCCCACCACUAGGUAAAGGAUUCUGGAAACCUACUGUCAGCUCUGCCGCUGCCCCCUGUUCCCUCCUCAGUCCUUCAUUCUGUCCAUGACCCUCCAAAGCAGAAGAAGGUCAUUGUGGGGCAUCCUCAUUUCUUCCUCAAAUGUAGGGAGGGAGAUACAAAUUAAAAGCUCAUAGUAUUUCAA